CCUUCUAAUAAUCCAAACUCUAUAAAACCCUAGUUAGUUGCUAAACAGUGUCUCCUCCUGCGCCUGCUUUCUCCGAACCCUAUAUGACUCUUUCUUACAGAACCAUGAUUAUAAGUGUUUAUUUCGUCAUGAUCCUCUUGGUUUUUAGUUCAUGCAACGCCGCGGCAAGGAUGGGAACAGUUAAGGUUUCUGAAACUGAAAUAGCUCAAACAAGAUCAAGAUCAUCAAGAUAUGAGUUCACGGAGGGUUUUAGAUUCAAAGGUCGUGUGUUCCACUUUUUGUCCAAACGGGUGCUUGUACCACCUUCGGGACCUUCCAGAAGGCACAAUUCUGCGGUGAAUGACCUCAAACACUAGUUGGUUCUUUUUUUUUCAAUGUUUAGUUGGUUUUUGACAAUCGUACUAUAUAUUUAGAAGAUUCUUCAAAUUAUUUUUUAACGGGUUUUGAUCCUUUAGUAUAUGUUUUUUUCUUCCUC